GGUGCGAAGUUCGUAUCUACUAGCCCUUUAAAGUCGACGCCUGCCGCCGUGGGCUCUCAUUGCAAACUUGAGACAUGGAGGCCGCAGUGUGGCAUGCCAAUUUCUUCCUGAUCGUGCUCCUUUUCUGUCCGUUAAGAGAUGGACAAGCCAUGAAGGACCCUUGCCAAGAAGAAGCGAUCAAUAAGUGUUUGGAAAACAAAGUGAAGCGCGUUUUUGGCGCCAUUUUGACAUCAGAUCUUCACGAGGCUUACAAGGUCACCUGCACUGGGAAGAAGACACAAUGCACCGAGUUGCACGCUGGCCCAGACUGCCCCGCUGUCAAGAAGUUGGAUCUACAGGCUGGAGAUGCACUCCUGACUUCAGCAUUGAACGCCCUCUGCCAGAACCGGGGAAUAAUCCUGAAGAAGCUGGUGAAGUGUUGGGACAUGGAGGCGUUCGCCACCUGUAUGGGCCGAGUCCAACUGCCCGAUAUGAAUGGUCGUGACUCCACGCGAAAGAGUUUGGAGUUACUGAAGAUUGAAGUACCCAAUUGUCUCGCCGAUUCCAAGCAAAGUGGCGCGGAGUGCACAAAAGCCGACUUCAAGCAAGUGCGACAGUCCAUCGAUGAUUUCCUGGAAGACGUAGCACAAGCGGACAACGAUGACAGCAACAGUAGCGCGGCCACGCAAGCCGGCACGAGUGUGGCUGCCUUGCUGUCUGUUUCGCUGGCUCUGGCUUUCACCGCAUAGAUCUAUAGCCGAUGCCGUAAAACGAGGUCUGUGUGGAGAACGCCAGAAAGCAUAAAAGUUACGCG